AUAAUGUCAACAAAUAAUAUGUGGCUAAAAUUAAAUGUCACUAGCACUGCAAAAAACUUCAAAUCUGUUCGUUUUCGGUGUUAGAUUGCUGCGUCUGUUUUCUAACAGCUGUCCGGUAAAACUCAAGACGAGCUAACAAAUAUUUGUAAUUCUCAUACGCUUCCAAAAUAAUGGAGAGUCUAAGCGACGAUUGCCAACUGCUUAUUAUUGGCUCUCUGCGGCUGAAAGGCCAGCUGAAACUGUGGGAGGCAACCUCGCACAAUGCCUCGAGCCGAUUGCCUAAUAAUAUAAUCUACCACUGGCAACACAAAUCGAGCUGGAUAUUAGAUAAGAAGAUGCUCGCUUAUUUGGAGGAGCAUCCAGAGCAACUGGAGGGAUUCCUGAGCGGCAUCAGUGGAACGGUUCAACAGCUGGAGCUCCAAUAUAUCAAGAGUUAUGAAUUGCAAAGGUGGAUUAGCUACAGUUUUCCUAGCCUGCGGGAGCUGUCCUUCUCCCUGGAUGAUGACUGCGAGGCAAUAGAGGAGCUGGUACAUGAGGUGUUAGUGGAUAUCUUUCCAGAUCUCACCUCAGUUCAGCUGAGCGGCAAAUUUUACAGCAAAAUAAUACAGAAAUGGUCGGAGUUGCGGCGGUUGGACCUAUCUGAUUGUGAUUGUGAACCAGCUGCAGAAUUAUCCAUGUGCAACUUCUUGAAAUUAGAGGAGAUAACAGUUCAAACCGAUUUCCUAUUCCAACAGUUUAUUGAUAGCACUGUAGUUCUACCCAAUCUACGAACGUUUUGCUUCUAUGGGGAAGAUAAAACCGAUCAGGUGCUCAAUUGGAUUAUAGAUAAGCGGGCUGAACACAUAAGUCGGAUUAGCUUCAACGAUAGCAUCUGGUAUUGUGGAACAGGAACUCUGGAAAAAAUGAAGCAUCUGCGUCAGCUGACCCUGGUUGAGGAUGAAGGCUUUGAAGCACAUCAAUUGAAGGCUUUGUUAAAAUGCUUUCCCCAAUUGAGGCAAUUGGAUUUGGUCAAUCUUCAAAUUUGGUGCUCGGAAAGUGAGCUCUGGCAGACGGUCUCCCAAUGCAAUUCGCUGCAGGUCUUAAAUAUUUAUGGCAUGGAGCUAGACGAUAGUUUCUUCGACAUUGGCAGGUAUCACAUGAGGAGCGUGCUGAGCAAGCGCUCCACUCCUUUGCAACUACUCUGCGAUAACAUGGACAAUCCACGGAUGGAUAAAUCUUUUAAGCAUACCAACUUAAUCGUAAAAAAGGGGCCACUAUGUGAUAAUAUCUAUAUUGAUGUUGGUUAUAUUAAGGUGGAGUUCGAUGCGCUGGUGACAGUGCAAUAACCGAGGCUUAGAGAAUUGACGGAUCAUAGUCGCGUACAUAGUACAUACCACAAAUUUAUAAUAUGCAAGACCUUAAUCUAUCGCAUAUUUAAAAAUUCCCUUUAUUUCUGAGAGACUGAACUAUUGUAAGAGAUUAAUAUAUAAAAGACAUUUUUCUGUCACCCCAUGUUUUAUAAUUGAAAAUUAGAUGUACAUAAAUAAGUGUAUGAGUCCAAAUGUAAGAGCAUCUGU